UCACACUAUUCCAUGCUGAUGGGACAAUUACGCAAAAUUUCCACACCAAACCACUCAGCACGAAAGUUUGUUGAGAGUCUUCUUAAUACAUUCUUUAAAUGCAAUGAUAAUAAUUUGUUCUUUGCAACUUUUGUUUCGCUAUUAUCUGAUUUUAAGGAUGGCGACAAUUCUUUACUCUUACUUGAUGCGAAUGAAAUAUUGAUAGAAUUAUUAAUCAACUGUGCUGAAGAAAAUUUGCACUAUAUUGCUGAAAAAUAUUCCAUUAUAAAUGCAUUAAUAAAUGCCAAUAUUAUUCAAAGAAAUCUAUCUAUUGUCUGGAAGUUCCAUUAUAUAUUUUUACCUAUGUCAUCAGUUGCCGGUGUUAAUGAUUUAAUAAACUUUUAUAAGUUACUAACUCCUAAACAUACUGAUAUAAUAUCUCAUUCUUCUGAAAGGUGUGAUUUUAUACCAUUUACUAUGAUGUCGAGUAUUAUGGUAAAUGCAGUACAUUCGGGUCAACCGUUAUGUAAUUAUUACUUUGAAAAAAGGGACAAGAUAGCACAAAAAAAUUUAAUUAAAAUUUUGAGUUCUAAAAACUAUGAUGAAGUUCUAUUAACAGCUUUAUUGGUUAUUUUGAGCAAGUACAAAGGAAAUAAAAAAUCAAAGAAUUGGAUUUUAGAAAUCUUGCAAGGACAAAAUGAGUCUUUGUCUCCUGCUGUUACGAAUUAUCUUAUGAUGCCUUUAAUACGACGUGCAUUUCUAUUUGAUUCUAGUUUGAGUGGAAACUCAAUAUCCUGUUCACCUCAAUACAUGUUAAAAAGUAAAUUUAAUAUCAACUUGGCUGAAUUUGCUCUUCCUGAUAGUAAUGAAGAAACGUGGGAUGUUAAGGUUAUAUUAUUUCAUGUGCUAAGAGAAAAUCCAGAUACUUGUUAUAGCAGGCUUUUUGAUUUGUGCCGAACAUUGAAUUUAUCUGUAGAUGAUGGAUUAUCUUUACAAUUGAUAGCUCUUCUCACAACUUGGGAAUUAAAGUAUAAGGUAAUUAACGAUGAUUUAGAUUGUCCCCAUUUACAUUUUGACAACAAUCAAAGGAAAACUACUAAAUGUUCAGUGAUAUGGGAAAAUAUUGAUCAUAAAGACUUUUUAAGAGAUAUUUUAAAUGAUUUUUGGAAAAAUGGUGAAGUUACUAUACAUGGCAGAUUGAUUUCUAUAAAUCCUUAUUAUUACGAAAUAUACAUUUGUAUAUACUACUUGAUAUUUGGUUCAUCAAUGGAAUUACGAAAUAAACGAGAAUACUUUUUACUUAACUUUCUAAAAGGUUAUAGAAGAUCAAGUGCACCCAAACAAUAUGAAUUUGAAUUAUUUUCUGUAAAAGGUAUAUUUCCGCAAAUCGGUUACUAUCGCCUACCAUUUCAUUUAUUUCUGCGUGACGAUAUGUGGUCUAAUUUAAAAUCCGAAAUUACGCUUGAAACAUAUGAACGGUGGAUACCUAAUGUCGGAUUGUUGUCGCUUGAUCCUGACUUUCAAAUUGCGAAAGAUAUGAUAUGCAGCAAUGCUUUGAAACAAACCAUGACUACAAGAAAAUCUGAUGAUGUCACUAAUAUCCAUACAAAAGAGAGUGAACCAUGGCGGCUUUCUAGUCGACAAGAACCAUUACUUCGUGCUGCACAUCGAUGUGUAAGUCAUAUUGCUAAUAUGGAAUGGGCUGGUGCCUGUCUUUUUUAUGUUCUUCAGGGCUGUGCUCGUGGUGCCGACCAGGUAGCGGCAGCUCAAUUAUGUUAUCAAUUUGCUGAAAAAUGGGCAGCAUUACAGCCAGGUGUUAGGGCAGUUCGACAAAUGGAACGCUUGCAUUCUACUUUAUCAACCCGUCAUGCUUUACAUAAAAUAGAAUGGAAUUGUGAUGAAUUUGUUCGUCUUUCGACAGAACCCGCUCAACUCAUUCGUGCUAUGUAUUUGCAUCCUAAUUUUGUUGAAAAAAUGAGCCGACAUGAUGUUAAUCGAGCAGCAAAUGAAAUCGCAGAUAAAAAUGCUAUUAAUAUUAGUUCAAUUAGAAUUCAAAUUUUAGAAAAUAUUCUCGAGAAGUCGAAUAAUGAAAAUAAACAUAAACUAUUUUUAGGCUUGAAUACUAAAGAAUUAAUGACUGCAAAAUAUAUAUUAAAAGCCACUUGCCCAAAAAUGGGGGCCAUCUAUUUAUCUCGAAUUGCAUUUGAUGAUGAAAGUGAUUUUAAUAAAUGUAAAAAACUUCGAGCACUACAAUGUUUAAUGAGUGUAAUAGACACUGACGCUGCUGUAAAAGUAACAAAUAGAGACCGCGAUUCUUUGUGGUCAUCGCUUUUAGAAUUAAUAAGCAUAGUCAAUUUAGAGAAUAUUGAUAUGCCUUGGGUUAUCGCCACAUUUAUGCAAGACAAAAUAAGUGCAUUGGAUCAAUUAUUACAAUCGUCAGGGAUAAAUGUUGAGGCUUUAAAAAUAGCAUCAGAUAUCGCUCGUCGAUUUGGCAACAAACAGACUAUUCGUAAUAUUGUACCAUUUAUGUUACGUGCUGGUUUAUAUGAAGAAAUGAUACCUUUAUUACUUAAAGUAUCGUCACCACUUAACGAUAUAUUGUGUACUGCUUGGCGUGCAGUCAUAUUAUCUCCAUUUCAACGUGCUGAUUAUCCGAUUACAGAAAAUCAAAAGAGAAAAUGUCUAAAUGCUAUAAAUUUAUUACCGGUUUGUCCAGUGAUUAAAGACGAAGAUUUGAAAGAAAUUUGGAAAAAUUGUAUAAGAUGCAAGUGUUUUGGCAUAGGUUGUCUUGUUUUACCAUACAUGACUUUCGAGAUGAGACAAACGUUACCGGAAUUGAAAAAAAUCGAUAAAAGAAAUCUCAUAGUCAGUCUCAAAAACCUACAUGCUGAAACAUUUCUUGUGUCUGGUGCUAUGUUUGUUAUUGAAAGUAUGGGAUCUAAAGUUUGCCGAUAGUUUAAUUAGAAGUUCAUUC